AUGAAUUCAGCGACUGUGAGCCCUGUGAUGUCAACCCCAUCGCUUCCACGGCGCGGUGCAGCCUCAUCCGUGAACAGCUCCGUGCUGAGCAGUAACAGUUCUUCUGAAGCGGAAUCUGUGAAGCCUUUCACCUGCAUACCAGAGUAUUGCUUCCCAUCAUCUGAGAGCCCCUUAGAGGGCUCUCCUGGUCUCCCUCUACCUCCAGCGGCUUAUGCAGAUUCUGACGAGGAGCCCUACAUCUGCACUAAGCAAUUUCCUUGUUCACAAAACAGUGAUGGUGCUGUUAGUGGUGAGACUUCUUCUCACAAAGUGAAGGCAACUCCUCUAAUUCAUCGGAGGAAGCUUCACCAAAAGCCAGAGAAGGUGCAUGUUAUUCGCAAGACAGUAGCGAUCAUGCUAGUGUACAACUGGACGGACAACAGUAAAACUGCGAAUUUGUCGGGAAAGGAAGAUCCAUCACAAAAGGCUGUUGUAGCAUACAAACAAGACGAUGAUAUCGGAAAUCUGUCGUUGUCGAGCGAGGUUCAUCCGGCUGGUGACGAUGUAGUAGUUAAGCGACAGAUUUGUGGCGGCAACGCUGAAAAUUCACCGCCAUCGCCUGGGGUAGCCUCCAGCGUCUCAAGCUCAUGUAGCCCAGUAGCGAAGCGAGGUCGUUUUGGUUCCAGUUGUGCGAGAGAUGUUUCAAACUUAUGCAUGGUUAGUUACCGCGAGGAAAGUACGCAUGCCUUAGGCACGUUAUUUAUGGAUGCGCAGAAGAAGGAAGGCGCAUCAUGGGCGGAUCGUCGGGAUGUUGUAAUGAGAGCUUUGGUAGACAUGAAGAAGCGGAAACACACUCUG